AUUAUUACAUUUUUAUGAUCAUCAACUGCGGGGUGCCAACAUUUCUCACGCCAUUUUACUAGUGUUUUCCGCUAUUUGAACUUAUAUCUCUGCUAAGAAAGCUUAUCAAAGUCAGGUGACCUAUCACACUUCGCGGUUUGGAUCUUUUGCAGUGUAGAUCAUCACUCUGCCGAUCUACGUUUGCACCGGUAUGCCUAUAUUUAUUUAGACCUCUCGGUCAGUGGUCAGAGUUGUCAUGAGUCAGCAAAAGUUCACUAUUAACGCAUUUAGCAAUCUUAAGGAACUUUUGGGGGCAUUCUAAAACCACCGGAUAUCUCCGGACUCUUCUUAACAUUCACACCUUUUGAUAAACUAGGAAUAAGUAGGUAUCCGGUAAUAUAUUCACAGGAAUAUGACAUUUACUGUAUGAUUAACCCAUUCUAGAUUAACACCUUUUUGCCUCUUCGAACUUCUAUAAAGUCUUCCAAUCUCCUCUGGGUUUCUGUUUGGAUUCUUCAGAGAAUCACUACCACAAACAUCAUCAUGCAUUAUCAGAUAGCUUCCCCCAAUGAGGUUAGAACCAUUCUUAGCAUACUUAAACAUCACAUCACUAACUCCUAUAGUACCUCGCCAUUACUGGCGCGAGGAUCGCAACUGUCAAAAUUUGCAAGAGUGCUUUCAUUUGGCCCUUCCAAAAGGUGAAUUCUCACUCCCUCUUCCAUAUCGCACUGCUGAUAAGUUUUAGGUUCAACGUUUUAGUAUUCAACCUCGCGACUAUGAGUUAUCCCUUCAGGCUAUGACAAAAGAGAAACUCCAAUUGGCCAUUCCUGUUGUAUUUACCAUCGGUCCUGAUGUCAACCGCAGAGGUGAUAAUGCCCGUACCGCCGAUCGUAACCGCGAAACGGACGCAGAGGAUGCUAACGAUUCACUUAUGAAGUUCUCGAUGCUGUUGGCUGAGGGGCAGGCGAAGAACAAUUCUAAUCCUGGUGAACAUCUUAAAAAGAUCGUCGUUGGUAUUAUCGAGGGUGAAACCCGUGUUCUCGUCAGUUCAAUGUCAAUGGAGAAGAUCUUCACAGAGAGAGAAGCAUUCAAGAAAGACAUCUUCAAGAACAUUCAAUCCGAGUUGGGACAAUUCGGUCUCAGAAUCUACAAUGCCAACGUCAAGGAACUUAAAGAUGCGCCAGGCUCAAACUACUUUGCAUCUCUUAGCAAGAAAGCCCACGAGGGUGCUAUCAAUCAAGCCCGUAUUGAUGUAGCAGAAGCUCAACGCUUGGGUACUGUUGGAGAGGCACAACGUGUAGCAGAGCAAAACCGAGAACUCGCCAAAGUUCAAGCAGACACGGCUGUUCAAAAGACAGAACGUGAUAGUGAGAAGGCCCAAGCUGAAGCUACACUUGCAACACGCAAAACUACUUAUAACCGUGAUGUUAACGUUGCUCAAAUCGGUAAGUCGUCAAUCAAUUCUUAUUUCGCGGAGGAUCCCCAAAUUUUCCUAAUUUCUUGUCUCGAAAAGUCUCCAAGCUCCUUCAGAGUUGGAAGUUUGCAAAUCCUGAUACUCGAAUCUCACCUGGAUUCCUCUGAAAAAGUCGAGAAGCUAGUACCACAAAACCUUGACAUUGAGAUACUCCAGGGAGAUAAAGAGAUUUAAAUUCUUUGGAGUCGUAACUGGGUUAUGAUGACAAGCUAACGAUAUUGAACCUUUAAAGAGGCUACACGUGCCACCGAAGUUCGCGACGAAGAACUCCGCAGAGAGGUCGAAGUUAAGCGCGCCCAAACGGAACUUGAGCGUCUUCGUGCCUCCGAUGUUGUUAAGGCUACGAUUCUUCGUGAAGCAAAGCAACAAGCGGCUGAUGCUAAGAAUUAUGAGGAGCAGGCUCGCUCAAAUGCAGAGUUUUACAGUCAGCAGAAGUUGGCGGAUGCAAGGGCUAACAGUGAACAAAAGGCCGCUGAUGCCAAAGUCUACAGUGAGCAGAAAGCGGCUGAUGCUAGAGCAUAUAAGGAGAAGACGCGUGCAGAGUUUGAAUUUUACAGCGAGCAAAAAGCCGCUGAAGCUAGAGCUUAUAAAAUCAAAAUUGAAGCUGAAGCUCAAUAUAUCGCCGAGGCUAGAGCCGCCGACGCACAUCUCAUAAGACAACAAAAGGAAGCAGCAGGUAUGAGUGCCAUGGCCGUCGCAUAUGCCGAUAUGAGUAGAGCGAUGGGCGGUCCACAGGGAUUAAUGCAAUACCUGAUGAUUGAACGGGGCACGUACCAAGAACUAGCCAAGGCCAACGCCGAAGCAGUUCGAGGUUUGAACCCUAAGAUGACGAUUUGGAAUACGGGUGCUCAGACUGGUGGUGCGGGAAGUGCAGUUGCUGGGUCGGCGGAGGGUCAGGGGAUUAAUAUGGGUGGCUUGGAUAGUAUUAGGAAUUUGUACCAGAUGCUUCCACCGCUCAUGUCGACUAUUCAUGAUCAGACGGGUAUGACGUUGCCGGAGUGGCAGUAUGGACGUUUGGGACCGGUUCCGGAGGAGGAUAGGGAGAAUAUGGUGUCGGGUGCUAAGAUUGAUGGGAAUGGGAAUGGGGAUGGGGUUAAUGGUCAUUAAGUGAUGAGAUUUAUGCGCGAUGUGGAUUGGUGGUGUUGGCGUUGAAGGCGUGAGAGGCGUGACAGGCGUCAGAGGCGUGCGAGGCGUGAGAGGCGUUGAUGGGUAGGAGAUGUUUUAGAGCCACUCUGAAGGGUUUAAACUGUCCUCUUUGAUUUUUAUUUCAUUUGUUGUGGGUGUCCGGAACUUUAGAGGCGUUCAUGGCGUCGAUGGCACCGGGGGAUUUAAUGGUGCUUGGAGGUGACGGAGGUUCUUUAAGGUGUUGGGAAAUUUCUAUCUCUGAUCUUAAUUUCAUUUAUACACAGUAGUAGGGAAUACUUAAAGGGGUCUUUGUAUUUCUAUUACUCUUUCUUUAUUCUCAAUUCAAACUAUUCAAUAAUCUAACCAUU